GGCGUCCAUGCUAAAUUUCUACCUCAACGCUAGCUACGAACCUACAUAACCAUGCAGAACGAAAGAUUUCGGAUUGCAAUAGUAGGCUCUGGCAUAGGAGGGCUCACGUUCGCAUUAUCCCUACAUGAGCUGUGCCAAGAUAUCAGGGUUGAUAUCUACGAGUCUACCGCCUCGUUUACGGAGAUAGGCGCUGGAAUAGGCCUCUGGCCAAGGCCAUGGGAAAUCAUGCAGGCUCUAGGACUCGAGAGCGACUUACUGUCUAUCUCUGAUACUAGUGGCUCAUUGGAACGUUGGGUACAGUUCAUCUACCGCAAGUCUGACCAAGCCGAGGGCGUCACUUUUUGUGAAGGUCGACAACGAGUCAGAUUCAAGCCUCUGCAUCGGGCCGAUUUUCAAGCUAUCCUAAGCAAACGUCUUCCGGACAGCUGGGACGUCCACUUUUCAAAGAGGCUCUCCUCGUAUGACGUGACGCGUACCGGUGAAAUUUCUCUUCGGUUCACCGACGCAUCUACCGCGACGUGUGACUUACUCGUCGGCUGUGAUGGUCUAAAAUCUGCCGUUCGCAUGGGUCUCUACAGCACUCUUUCGCAACAGGCACAAGCGGCCGGUGACGAUGUGGGCGCCGCGCGGCUUCGUUCGAUGUCGACCCCGAUGUGGACCGGGAGUGUAGCGUAUCGUGGGUUGGUUCCAAGAACUGCACUUGAAGAAGUGGACCCGACCCAUCCAGCACUUACAGAUGCCCUAAUGUACUUCGGAAAAGACAAGCAUCUUUUAACAUUUCCAGUGUCACAAGGCAGAGUGAUAAAUGUCGUAGCGUUUUUCUCACAGCCCGAGCUGGAAGGCACAGCCUAUGAUGGUCCUUGGGUCCGCCAGGUUACCAAGGAUGAACUCCUCGCUGACUUCGCUUCAUGGGAGUCGCAAGUCCGAUCCUUAUUAGGAUGCUUGGACAAGGUCUCUCUCUGGGCGAUCCACAGUCUGCCGUCUCUACCUACAUAUGUUGGUAAUCGCGUGGCGCUUCUUGGGGAUGCGGCACAUGCCAUGACGCCUCAUCAAGGUUCAGGCGCUGGACAGGCUGCUGAGGAUGCCUUCGUACUUGCUAACAUUAUUGCUCAUCCUGCCGUCACGAUGGAAACACUCCCCGACGCACUCCGUGUAUACGACGAAAUUCGUCGACCCUUUUCUCAAGAAAUCGUGGAGCGCUCCCGCCAGACAGGCUUGAUCUACGAUCUGGUUAGCCCGGCUCUCCCGCACAUCACCGAAGAAGCAAGUGCGUCUGGCGAAAUUCCCUCCGAAAUUCUUGAAGAGGCCGGCAGAAUGGUCGUGGAUCUGACGAGUUGGUUGGGGAGCACUUCUAUUAUGGACGACCGCGACAAGGCUUUGGCGAUGUUGAACGCUCUGUUGAACACAGAGCACUGAAGUAUGCACAGCGACUGAAUAUAUCUAAGGAUCCUACAUGAAGCACGGGACAUGAACUCUACUACAAGAAAGAAGCACCAGCCGUCCACGACCGAUCGAAGCUAUGAAGCAAUGUUCUGCGCGGAUAUCUUGUUAUCCAUCGUCCAUGUCUCGUAUGGAAGGGGGAAGGUGACCGUGAACAGCGCACACGCUAUCACGAUG